GUGGUUUUCCAAUACCGAUUUUAAGCUGGCGGGGAGACGGAAGAUGAUAGGCGAAGCGUAGGGUUGUCUCUCAUUCAUAUUAGUAGGUUUCGCUCCUCCCAACUCAAUUCCUUCCUCUAAUGCUCGCAGAUCCCACGCCCUAAACAUCCCAAGAUGGUCUGGGGAUUGAUUCCCGUCGAUUCCCUUCGAGGUGCACAGAAGUACUACAUCUUCUCCAAGGGAACAUACAACGUUGGUCGAAAAGGUUCGGCCUUUCUAGGUGCCUUCGUUCCCCUUUUAUGAUGGGAGUUUAAGAUUGUGAUAUUAUUGUCCAAACAGACACAUCAGUAUCCCGAGUUCAUGCAGAGAUUAUUGUUGAUAAAAUGACUUUUAUUGAUCCUUCUCAUAGUGGGUCUGGUACUUUUCCCUCCUAUGUCCGGAUCGUUGAUCGCUCAAGAUACGGUACAUCUGUUAAUAGAGAAUUUGGGGCUGAGGGAGUUCGUUUGCGUAAAGGUCAAGAGGCAAAACUUAAAGAUGGGGAUUUGGUAACAUUUGGAACCGGCAAUGCAACCGUCAGGUUUUGUUUUGUGCCCUUUGUAAUCUUUCUUCAUUGCUCAAAGCCCAUCCAAGCAAAUCGUUCACUUGAAGCCAGCAUUUCAUCUAUUGGGGCGAACAUUACUUGUACUUGGAGCAAUGAGUGCACACAUGUUCUUGUUGACGAAUCUUCUUCAAUAACACUUGAGCUUAUUGAAGCAAUUCUUUCUAAGAAACCAGUUGUCCUCAGUGAUUGGUGUGAGGUCCUUGCUGAGCAAAAAAUUCGCACAGAAAUUCCUUCUUGUACCUCCUACAUUCCAAGUUUGACUGUAGAUGGGAUAUUGGUAAGGGUUGUAGAUCCCAAGUCUCGAGAGAAAUGCCUAGCAGGCUAUACCUUUGUUAUGGUAUCUUCACAUAAGUAUAAAUUUGGUGAUAAGUUCCAAUCUUUACUCGAAGUUGCUGGAGCAAAAUCUUUCCAUGUUGAUGAAUUUUGUUCAAGUAGCCAGACUUCAGCGGAUGGAGAAAGCAACCAAGUAGUUCUGGUAAUUCCUGGAGAACGAACAAAUGAAUUUGAUCACUUUCGUGAGCUGUCUUCUUUGUCCAGAGUCACUGAAAUGAGAUUGGUUGCUGCCAUUUUAUCUGGACACUUGGAAUCUUCCAUCAUCAAGCCCCCUGCUUUUAUCAUUUCAUCUUCACAUUCCACUGAUGAGACUAUAGUAGCGGAUUCUGAUGUUGAAAUUGAUACUGCCACGUCAGAUCGUGCUGCUGCCAUUUUCAAUCUUCAGGGCGCCCUCAGAUAUGAACAUGAUGAAAUUGUAAAAGAACCUGAAAACAGAGAAGAUGUAAGAAAUUACAAGGACACCCAAAAAAAUGUAAAUUAUUCUCUAAAUGAACAUGAAGAGAAAAAUACAAAAGUAUCUGAAGAUGCAGAAGAAACCAGAGAUCGCAAGGACAAAAGUAACUGUACUAAUUAUUCAGUCAUAUCUCCAGACAAGUCCAAUACUUCAGGCCCAAAGUUUGAGAAUGUUGGUGUCAUGAAAAGGGUGGACAAAAGUGAGGAAGCUGUUGCUGACAGACAUGAAAAUUCAGACAUCAUGUAUAGUCAAGAUUUGAUUGUGAAAAAUAUUGGUACUCCACUUCCUGGUAGAUCUACCACAGAUAAGGUUGCCAACUUCAAAUGCUUUAGAAAGAGAAAUACAAUGUCUGGAAAUAGCUUCAGAAAUCUCAUUCCAUUUUCAAAAGAUCCAUACCUAGAAUCUGGUUGUGGGAGCAACGAAUCAUCUGAGUACACGAGGGAAGAGAAGAAGCGUAAGCAAAUUGAAGCUAUCGCGGAGGACUUGUUCAACAAUGAAAAGGCGAGGAAACGUGCCACUGCUGGUACUUCUCUUCAAGCCCUUCUUUCACGGCGCUGACAAAGGGCAAAAUGCAGAAUGCUUGGAUGCAAAAUCUAUUGUCUGUUGAGUGCCUUUGAAAACCAGUGAUCAUAAUGCUUAGUUAACCUGAAUAGGUGGAGUAACUGUGACUUUAUGUAAUCUUCCAGAUGAAGGAACUCAUGCGGCCUUUUUGUUCUACUGGAAUGUUUUGCGCAGCAUCAGGGCUAGUGAAUGUAAAUAUCAGAAAUUCUGAAAAAAAAGAAAAGUGGCAAGGUUUUUUUUUUUUUAAUGAUAAUUUUGGUUGCCUGCCUUUUUAUUUAUUGCUACUUCUAUGUGUACUGCAUUUUGAGACAGUACAGUAAAAUUUCAACAUUCAGGAUUCAUGCUAUUUGUCAAAUUUAAUGCAAGCAACUGUUAGCACAA